GCAGACGACAUGGCGCAGCAGAGUCCUCUUUCGUCCACGCUGGACCGCAUCGUCCACGACCUACGCUCCAAGAACGACGAGACCCGCCAGCGGGCGGCAAAUACGCUGCGGCAGACGGUCGAGGCCGCGCACCGAGAGCUCGCCCCCAAUCUCUUCACCAACUUCAACAAUGAAGUCUACACCAAGAUCUCGGGCCUCAUUGUCACGGGCAGCGACUCCAACGAACGCAUCGGCGGCAUCCACGCGCUCAACGCCCUGAUCGACUUCCGCGGCGACGAUGCGGGCCAGAAGACGACGCGGUUUGCCUCGUACCUUAGGGCGGUCAUGCGGGGCCAGGAUAUCACAGCCAUGGUCGUGGCAGCAAAGGCUCUCGGCCGCCUCGCAAAGCCCGGCGGCACCCUCACGGCCGAGCUGGUCGAGGCAGAGGUCAAGGGCGCCCUCGAGUGGCUGCAGCUGGAGCGCCUCGAGAACAGACGCUUCGCCGCCGUGCUCAUCCUGCGCGAGCUCGCCAAGAACUCGCCCACGCUCAUGUACCAAUGGAUUGCACAAAUCUUCGAAGUCAUCUGGGUGGCCCUGCGCGACCCCAAAGUCCUCAUCCGCGAGUCGGCCGCCGAGGCCAUCAGUGCCUGCUUCGAGAUCAUAUCCCCCCGUGACUCGCAGAUGCGCCAGCUCUGGUUCGGCAAGGUGUACGACGAGAUCCUGCGCGGCUUUACCAUCAACACCAACGAGGCCAUCCACGGCUCGCUUCUUACUAUGAAGGAGCUGCUUGACAAGAGUGCAAUGUUUAUGAACGACCAAAAGUACAAGGAGACGGUUGAGCAGGUGCUCAAGUACAGAGAGCACCGCGAUGCGCUGGUGCGGAGAGAGGUGGUGCUCAUUAUUCCCAUUCUUGCCGCCUAUUCGCCUACCGAGUUUGCGACAAAAUAUCUACAUCAGUGCAUGCUACAUCUCCAGGGUCUGAUACGAAAGGACCGCGACAGAGACAAGGCAUUCGUAGCUAUCGGCCAGAUUGCAAAUGCGGUCGGAGUCGCCAUUUCACCAUACUUGGAGGGCAUCUUGGGCUUCAUCCAGGAAGGCCUCAUUGCCAAGGCACGCAACAAGAGCGUUAUAAAUGAGGCGCCGAUAUUCCAAUGUCUGAGCAUGAUUGCGGCUGCGGUUGGCCAAGCACUCACCAAAUCCGUCGAGCGCCUGUUGGAUCCCAUCUUCUCUUGCGGGUUGAGCGAUUCUCUCUUCCAAGCCCUUGUCGACAUGGCUCAUUACGUGCCGCCUUCACGGCCCAUGAUUCAGGAAAAGCUGCUAGAUCUUCUCAGCCAGAUUCUUGCCGGCCGCCACUUCCUGCCCCUGGGCAGUCCUUACCAGGUCUCACAACCGCCACAGAUUUGGACCCGCGAUCACAAGGACCCGCAGAUCGUUGCCCAGCGAGAAGCAGAGAUUGCGCUGGCCCUGCACACGCUCGGUAGUUUCGACUUUACAGGCCACGUCCUCAACGAGUUUGUCCGCGACGUUGCUAUUCGCUACGUCGAAGCGGACAACCCCGAGAUCCGCAAGCGCGCUGCGCUGACGUGCUGUCAGCUCUUUGUCAAAGACCCAAUCGUCCACCAGACUAGCACUCACGCGACAAAGGUGGUUGGUGACAUCAUCGAGAAGCUCCUGACGGUCGGUGUAGGUGAUGUUGACCCCGAAAUCCGAUGGGACGUCCUCAUAGCAUUGGACGCUCGCUUCGACCGUCAUCUUGGUAAAGCUGACAAUGUCCGUACUCUCUUUCUCGCCUUGAACGAUGAGGUCUUUGGUAUCCGCGAGGCUGCCAUGUCCAUCAUUGGGCGGCUGACAGCUGUCAACCCUGCAUACGUCUUUCCCUCGCUCCGCAAAGUCCUUCUGCAGCUACUGACCGAAGUGAAUUACGCCAACAGUCCGCGCAGCAAAGAAGAGAGUGCCAAACUGAUUAGUAGCCUUGUUGGUGCAGCAGACAGCCUGAUCAAGCCACUGAUAGAUCCCAUUGUCGAAGUUUUGCUUCCAAAGUGCAAGGACCUAAAUCCCGAGGUCGCCUCCACUACGCUCAAAGCCAUUGGUGACCUUGCGACGGUCGGUGGCGAGGGCAUGAUCAAGUACAUCAAGGACCUCAUGCCUGUCAUUCUCGACUUCAUGCAAGACCAGACGUCAGACGCCAAACGCUUCUCUGCCCUGAAAGCCCUGGGACAGCUAGCUACAAACGCCGGAUAUGUGAUAGAACCAUACCGCGAGUAUCCAGAGCUGAUGAACAUUCUCAUGAACAUUGCCAAGACGGAACCAGAAGGAGAGCUCAGAAGGGAGACUGUUAGGCUCAUGGGCACCCUCGGAGCUCUCGACCCGGACGAGUAUCAGAAGAUUAUGGAGCAGUCACCGGAUACGCAUCUGAUUUUGGAAGCACAAGCAAUCACUGAUGUGUCACUCAUCAUGCAAGGCAUCACUCCUUCAAACGAAGAGUAUUACCCGACCAUUGUCAUCAGCACGCUCAUGGGCCUGCUGAAAGAUCCCUCGCUGAUGCAGUAUCACACUGCCAUUGUGGAGGCUGUCAUGAACAUCUACGCCACCAUGGGCUUGAAGUGCGUUCCUUUCCUCAACCAAGUCGUGCCCGGCUUCCUCCACGUCAUCAGAUCGACGCCAGCCGGACGCUCAGAAGGUUACUUCAACCAGCUAAGCCAGCUCGUGCGUAUUGUCCGCCAGCACAUUCGCCCUUACCUACCCAACAUCCUCUCAACCAUCAAAGAGUACUGGAGUAGCAGCCCACAGCUACAAGCCACCAUUCUAUCUCUAAUUGAGGCUAUUGCGCGCUCGCUCGAGGGCGAGUUCAAAAUCUACCUCGCCGAUGUACUGCCACUCAUGCUUAGUGUGCUCGACUCAGACCAAACCGGCAAACGCUUGCCGUCGGAGAGAGUGCUGCAUGCUUUCCUCAUUUUUGGUUCAAGUGCCGAAGAGUACAUGCAUCUCAUCAUCCCUGUCAUGGUCAAAAUGUUCGACAAGCCCGGCCAGCCUACUCAGAUUCGAAGGCACGCAAUUGAGACACUGGGUAGACUCUCCAAGCAGGUCAACGUCUCCGAGUUUGCAGCCCGCAUCGUGCAUCCUCUCUGCCGUGUGCUUUCUGGCAACGAGCCAACUUUGAAGCAGACUGCUCUUGAGACGCUCUGCGCGCUCAUCUUCCAGCUCGGUCCGGAUUACAUUCAUUUUGUACCGACGGUCAACAAGAUUCUGAUUGCACACAAGGUGCCUCACGAAAACUACGGGCGCAUCGUGUCGAAGCUGCAAAAGGGCGAGCCUCUACCUCAGGAUCUCAGCCCAGAUGAGCGAUAUGGAGAGGACGACGAGGACCUGAACCCUGCGGAAAUUCUCACCAAGAAGUUGGCAGUCAACCAACAGCAUCUUAAGCAGGCUUGGGAGGCUUCUAACAAAACUACCAAGGAAGAUUGGAUCGAAUGGAUGCGAAGGUUCAGCGUCGAGCUUCUCAGAGAAUCGCCCCAACAGGCCCUGCGCGCUUGCACGCCGCUCGGAAGCGUGUACAAUCCAAUUGCCAGGACCCUGUUCAACUCGGCCUUUGUCUCGUGCUGGACUGAACUCUACGACCAAUAUCAGGAAGAGCUUGUUCGAUCCAUUGAGACUGCGCUUACUUCGCCAAACAUCCCACCAGAGAUCCUACAGGUAUUGCUCAACCUGGCAGAGUUCAUGGAGCACGACGACAAGGCUUUACCAAUCGAUGUCCGGAUCCUCGGCAUGUACGCUGGAAAAUGCCAUGCUUUUGCAAAGGCACUGCACUAUAAGGAGCUCGAAUUCAACGCGGAGCAGAAUUCCAGCGCUGUGGAAGCCCUUAUCAGUAUCAACAACCAGCUUCAGCAGACCGACGCGGCUUUUGGUAUAUUGCGUAAGGCACAAAACUACCACGAUGUCGAACUCAAGGAGACGUGGUUCGAGAAGCUGCAGAAAUGGGACGAGGCGCUUGCUGCCUACCAGAGGCGUGAGCUUGAGGAGCCCGAUUCUUUCGACGUGACCAUGGGCAAGAUGCGGUGCUUGCACGCUCUGGGCGAGUGGGACCUUCUCUCCAGUCUGUCCAAGGAGAAGUGGGCCAAUGCCACGCAGGAGUAUCGUAAGGCGAUAGCCCCGCUUGCUGCAACGGCUGCGUGGGGCCUGGGCAAGUUCGCUGACAUGGACAACUACCUUGGUGUCAUGAAGGAACAGUCGCCCGAUCGUGCCUUUUUUGCGUCUAUUCUCAACAUCCACAACAACCGUUUCGAGAUUGCGGUCGACGAAAUCGCAAAGGCUCGAAAGGGCCUAGAUACCGAGCUUAGUUCGCUCCUGGGAGAGUCGUACCAGCGCGCCUACUUGCCAAUGAUUCGUGUGCAGAUGCUUGCAGAGCUCGAGGAGAUCAUGCAGUACAAGCAGAACGAGGGCAAUGUCGAGAAGCAAAAGAGCAUGCGCAAGACGUGGAUGAAGCGGCUUAGAGGGCUGCAACCGAAUCCAGAGGUCUGGCAGCGUAUGAUCAAGGUGCGUCAGCUUGUCAUCUCACCACAAGAAGGCACCGACAUGUGGAUCAAAUACACCAAUCUCUGCAGAAAGAGCAACAGGAUGAACCUUGCAAACAAGGCUCUCCAGAAGCUGCUCGACAUUGAGAGCACUGGCGACAGCACGGUGGUUGAAUUCGUACGCCACAAUGCUCAUGACAUCUCACACCCCGUGGCCUACACCACGUACAAGUACAUGUGGGCCGACCAGAACCACAAGCAGGAGGCUCUUGAUAGUAUGAAGGACUUUACUGGGCGACUGUCAGAGGACCUGGCUAUGAGGAGCAGGGCUGCGGCAAACCCGAUGAUGGCGCAGAAUGGCAUGAACGGUAUGUCCAAUGGUCAGCAUAUGUUCAACAAUGUGAACCCCUUUGCUGCUACCAAUGGACACAACGGAGUCAAUGGCAUGCAUGGCUCAAGUAUGCUAAACGGAUCUGUUACAGGUUCCUCGCCCGCCGAUCUCGCCGAAUGCCACCGCUUGCUGGCCAAGUGCUACCUGAAGCAGGGCGACUGGCAGCAAGAGCUCCAGGACGGCGAAUGGGAACACGAGUACGUGCAUGAAAUACUCGCUGCCUAUGCUGCCGCCACACGCUACAACAAGGACUGGUACAAGGCAUGGCACGCCUGGGCACUCGCCAACUUUGAGGUCAUCAACUCCAUCACGUCCAAGUCGGACCGGGAGGCUACCGAGGUGCCUAAUAACAUUAUCCACGACCACGUCAUCCCGGCUAUCCAGGGUUUCUUCAAGUCCAUUGCACUGUCUUCAACUAGUUCACUGCAAGAUACGCUCAGGCUUCUCACUCUGUGGUUCACUUAUGGUGGCAGAGAGGGGGUCAACCGCACAAUCACCGAAGGCACAAAGUCGGUCCCAAUCGAUACCUGGCUGGAGGUCAUUCCACAAUUGCUUGCUCGAAUCAACCAGCCAAACGCUGUUGUCCGGCAAUCGAUACAUCAACUGCUCAUCGAAGUCGGCAAAGCACAUCCUCAGGCGCUGGUCUUCCCGCUGACCGUGUCGAUGAAGUCUGAUGUGUCGCGACGGCAGCGAUCCGCAAAGGAGCUUAUGGAGGCUAUGCGCGAGCAUUCGCCGCGACUGGUUGAGCAAGCUGAUCUUGUCAGUCACGAACUCAUCCGCAUCGCUGUUCUGUGGCAUGAGCAGUGGCAUGAGGGGCUCGAAGAAGCCAGUAGGCUAUACUUUGGCGAUCAUAACAUAGACGGCAUGUUCGCCACACUCGCGCCUCUUCACGCCAUGCUCGACAAGGGCCCAGAGACACUACGGGAAAUCUCCUUUAUCCAAUCUUUCGGUCGCGAACUGCAGGAGGCCCGGGACUGGUGCAAUACGUUCAGGACGUCUGGCGAAAUAGGUGAUCUCAACCAGGCGUGGGAUCUCUACUACCAAGUCUUUCGCAAGAUCGCCCGUCAGCUGCCAUCCCUCAUGACGCUUGAGUUGCAGUAUGUCUCGCCCAAGCUCAAAGAUGCGCACGACCUGGAAUUGGCGGUCCCGGGAACCUACCAAGUUGGCAAGCCAGUCAUCCGCAUCAUGUCCUUUGACCCUGUUGCAAGCGUCAUUCAGUCCAAACAGCGACCCAGAAAGCUGGAAAUGCGCGGCAGCGACGGCAAGGUGCACAUGCACAUUCUCAAGGGACACGAAGAUAUUCGCCAAGAUGAGCGUGUCAUGCAGCUCUUUGGUCUUUGCAACACUCUGCUCUCCAACGACGUGGAAUCACGCAAGCGCCAUCUUAACAUCCAGCGCUAUGCCGCAGUCCCGCUUAGCACGCAGUCCGGCUUGCUCGGUUUUGUCCCUAAUAGCGACACGCUUCAUGUGCUCAUUCGCGAGUACCGAGACAGUAGGAAGAUUCUCCUCAACAUUGAGCACCGUAUUAUGCUGCAGAUGGCACCCGACUAUGACUGCCUUACGCUUAUGCAAAAGGUCGAAGUCUUUGGCUACGCACUCGACAACACGACGGGCCAAGACUUGUACCGCGUCCUCUGGCUCAAAUCCAAGUCGUCCGAGGCUUGGCUUGAUCGCCGCACAAACUACACGCGCUCGCUUGCCGUCAUGUCCAUGGUCGGGUACAUUCUGGGCCUGGGUGAUCGCCAUCCCAGUAACUUGAUGCUGGAUCGUGUCACGGGCAAGAUCAUCCACAUUGACUUUGGAGACUGUUUCGAGGUGGCUAUGCACCGGGAGAAGUAUCCCGAGCGGGUGCCGUUCCGUCUUACACGCAUGUUGACGUAUGCCAUGGAAGUCAGUAAUAUUGAGGGUAGCUACCGAACGACUUGCGAGCACGUCAUGCGGGUAUUGCGAAGCAACAAGGAGAGUGUCAUGGCGGUUCUUGAAGCCUUCAUACACGAUCCCCUCCUAACCUGGCGCCUAAACCAACGCGAUGCAUCACCCGCAGAGCCCAACUACCCCUCUGAACGCCGCCAAUCCAUCAUGGGUGCCGACCCUGCCGCCGGAACAACAGACCCGCACCAGAUGUCGAGCAUCGUCGGCCGCCCGCGCCACCGCUCCUCGAUUGCCCCACCGCAAAACAACGAAGCAGACGCAAAGGAAGUCCAAAAUGCACGUGCCCUCCAGGUCCUCAGCCGCGUCAAGGAAAAACUCACCGGCCGCGACUUCGGCAAGACCGAAGAACUCAAGACGGAAAUGCAAGUCGAUAGGCUCAUCAAGGAGGCUACCAACUUGGAAAAUCUGUGCCAGCAUUACAUUGGCUGGUGCAGCUUCUGGUAGGAAAACAAAAUCUUGGGUUUUCAGGGCUGUGGGGGGGAGCCAAGCGACAGAGGGCUUUUUUUUUCUACGUGCCGGUAUACUGGGUUAUCAAUGGACAUGGUCAUGCAAUUUUUUUUUCUCUCUCUUCCUUGUUCUGGUUCUGGUUCUCAGCGGGACUUACUUUCUUAUCACACUCAACGGCCUUUUUUUUCUCUCUCUCUAAAUUCACGGUCUGCUUGGCGAUGCGGGAAUGUAUGUAUGUGUGU